AUGACAUUCGAUGCCUCUUCGACCCAUAACAAUUGCGGCAACAACUAUAUUGUUUUAGAUUGUAAGUCUACAGAAAACUCUGUCAUCGGUAUUGACCCUGUCGUCUCCAAGACUAGAAAUGUGAGCAGUAGUUGUCAGGCAGAAAAUUUACUCCAAUGUUGUACGCAUGUGGGUAUUUGUCAGCCCAGUGAGAUCAACAACAACUCGAUGUUUGGUAACAAGCCGAACGUACCUGACCCUUCAAAAAAACCUCUGAUUCUUUCCUCUACGACACAGGAUCUUGUCUCUACGACGCUAGAGCCCAUCGCGACAUUAACUCAAAGUCAAAGUGAGGGAACUGUCGAGGAUUGCGCAAUUCCGCAUUUCUAUAUGUCAUCAUUGGAUGUCAAAUUUAUGGAGCCAUUGACUAAUCCGAAGGCGACCGAUACACACGAUGAAUUCACGAUGAAGAGGAGUUGCAGCAACGAUCUGCAGCUAACCACUCUUUUGGAUGCUCCUCUGGAAGUAGAAGCUAUUAAUAUUCCAGGGUAUCGUGCUGUGCCAACAGGCAACAUCGCAAAUCGGGAGCGUGCUAACAGUGUACGCAGCAACAAAAACGGCUUAUCAAAGGGUAUUGUUGCUCCUGCUAGGGUGAAGCCAGCAGUGGUAUCGUUUGUAGAGACCUUAUCCGAUUCCGAAGGAGAGGAGAGCGGCUGCGCGGAAAUACUUUCAUGUGCUGCAGUGCCUACAAUCGACGACGCGGAUACUCCUGCGCUCAUCGAGUUCAUACCUUGCCAACACCGUAGCGCAAUUACCCAUGCAUCAUCCGUGGAGGUAGAGGCGCCUGAAGAUGUAGCCGAUAAAAUUUCUCUUACUUCUCAGAGCAUCCUAAAAAGGGACACACAUGGAAUCUCAACGAUCUCUCUUGAAGUCUGCGUCAAAUCCCCCUCUUCAAUGCCAAGAGAGUUCAACGCCAGAGAGUCGAUAUACAAGCCUUUGUAUCCCACUUCUCACGCGCGGCAGCAGUCGCUCACUUCCUUGCUAUCAUGUUCAUUGAACACUUUAGAACACUUCCCAUCACACGAAGCGUGUAUUCAGACGGAGAACCGCCACCACCCGCGAGGAUUAACCUCCUCCUCUUCCAUUCCUUUUGGUAAAUCGACAUUCAUCCCCUGCCUCUCCCCCCCAGCCAUGGGUGUGGUGAACUCAAGCAGGAUGGUGGAACCACACAUUUCGGCAACGGAGAGCAUGCCAACAGACGCGGUAUUAGAUGCCUUCAAUUAUUGCGAGUCAUACGCCGUGAGCGAUAUCGCUCUGGAAGAUGAUAACGACAGCUGUCUCUUACUCCCAUGCUACCACCCCUACACGAGUGUGAGUAGCAUGACGUGCGUUCCAUCCCCAUCACCGCAGAUGUCGCUUUCUUGCAAAUCUCUAUCAACUCUGCGGAGUGGACGGGCGAUGUUCUCACCUAACGCCUCUGCGACGGCUACGUCUUUUUCUGCGAUGCAAACGACCGUGAGAAACGGAGCCAUUGUCGGAGGCACCCCUUGUGCACUCAAAGGGUGCACUUCGAUCUCAUCCAGUUCACAGAAUGGGAAGGACAUCACCCCAUCAGGUGCCAUUUCUCACCUUCUGGGUGCGAAGAGGAGCACCUGUGGGAGUCUUAAACGGAAUAGCCUACUCGGGAUAAGUAGCAUAUUGAAGACGAAGGAAAAGGCGGAUAUUGAACCCCUACAACCAUAUUUGGAUGAUCCGGAUGUGCCUUGGCUAAUGUUAGCCGCAAAAAAGUCUCCCCGUUGCCUCUAA